AUGUCGUACAUAUCUUUCUGGUUAUCAUCACCCUUUAUCCACCAUCGCAUCAUUCUACUACUGGGUUGUGUUCAGAAACUCAUCUCCAGGUCCCACGUCCCAUUCCUGUUGAGUCGUGCCCAUCAAUAUGCAAUAAUCGCUCAGGUGUCAGUAUUCUCAAGUUCAAGCAACUUCCCGACAACCUCUAUUUCCAUUGAAAAUGAACUGGAAACCACAACAUUGGACGCUAUUCUUGAGGAAGAAGACCUCGGAGCCCGACCUUACAUCGUGUUCGUCCUCCUGACGAUCACUUCCUUGUGCAGCGUGAUAGGGAACGGUCUCGUCGUGGUCUCAAUCUGGAAGGAGGCGAGCCUACACUCGCCCAGCAACCAUUUUAUUGCGUCCUUGGCCAUGGCCGAUCUACUCGUCGGAGGAGUGGUCAUACCCUUCGAAGCCCUCACAGAGCUCCUUGGGCAGAGAUGGUUAUUCGGAGUUUUGUGGUGUGACCUUUGGAGAGCAUUUGACGUACUUCUUGCGACAUCUUCCAUUCUUAACCUUUGUGUAAUCUCACUAGACCGGUUUUGGGCAAUUUCUGAGCCAUUUUCCUAUCCUUCAAAAAUGACCCCCUUGAUGUCAGCCAGGUUGAUCUUUGGAGUGUGGGCCUGCUCCGUCGGAAUCUCAUUACCAGCUAUUUUGUACUGGAGGUGGACACGGACGUCACCCUUCCCCCCAGAAACGUGUCUCUUUACUCAGGACGCCCUGUAUCUUCUGGCCUCCUCCAUGAUCUCCUUUUACCUGCCCCUCGUCGUCAUGCUCUACACGUACUUUCGAAUCUAUCGGGCUGCUGUCCGUCAAACCAGAAGUAUUGAAAUGGGAGCAAAAUUUUACUAUGACAAAGAGUUGGAAUUGAAAUUAAGGAUGCGGAUUCAUCGGGGUGGGUCCAACAGGAACAGGGGUGAAAGGUUCAGCCUUCCCACCGCAACGCCUCCAAAUGGACGGCCCAUGGAAAUGAGACCUUUGACGGUUGUUGGAAGUUUGGGUCCUGCGGGGGAAGCUAAACUGGUUACCGCAUCAACAUCCGAGUGUCCUGAUAGCCCUGUGACAUUCAUGAAAAAUCGUGGAUCAAUGGUUAGGAGAAAGCUGAGCAGGUUCUCAAAGGAGAAGAAAGCAGCAAAGACAUUGGCAAUUGUUUUGGGCGUGUUCAUAAUUUGUUGGAUGCCAUUCUUUGUGCUAAAUGUGAUAUCUGGACUGUGUCCAAAGUGUGGUCUCCAAAACUCGCUACUUUUUUCACUAUUUACUUGGUUAGGAUGGGUUAACAGCCUCAUGAACCCGUUGAUAUACACGAUUAAAUCCCCUGAUUUUAGAAAGGCGUUUGCGAGAAUGCUAUGUUGUAAUAGAUACAGAAGAGUGGAAAUGGCAGCAACCCGGGCGUGGAGUUAUGUGAAGCGAUGAUAAUAAUACAUAACUGGCAGCAAAAGGUCCUGUGGAAAAUUUGAAUCAAUUCAGGAAUAACUGGAAACGCUUUAACCAUGGAUGGAUGAACGAACGAUCAUUUGCAGACUGAACUUUCUAUUGCGAGACGGGAAUAGUUCAGGAAUUAUGCAGAAUAAGUUUUGUUCAAAAUCUUUUGCCACAGUCAAAAGUCCAAUCAUGCGACCAGUGGUGAUGCACGUAUCCAACCUAAUCACAUUCUUUUUGUGAUUUACUGACACUCUGAAGAAUAUUUCAUCACAUUAUUAAAUGUAUAUGAUAAGCCUCAAUAUUUGAGUGACAAACAUCGUUGUCAAUCCAUUAUCUCAAUAAAUCAUUGACACUCGUA